ACUUCGAAGACUUGAUAGUGGUAAGGCAUAGGAAUUAGCAAAAGGAGAGGAGUGUGGUCAAAGCAGCAGCCAUAGUCAAAGCCCACACACUCGUAGAAGCCUCUGGCCUGCUAGUCGCCAGUCUUUAGCUUUUUGAUUUCCUCAUCAAAAAGCUAAAUUCCUGUAAGUUUCUAACGAGGGAAGAGAAAGAAUGGGUUCAUCGCUAGGAGAUUGGCCCUCCUACAAUCCCCAUAAUUUCAGUGAACUGAGACCUGCCGAUCCCUCCCAUCCAUCGCAAUUGACACCUGUCACUUACCAUCCUACUCACAAUAGAACAACACCUCCACCGCACCAAGUAAUUUCAACGGAGACCACAAAUAUCCUUUUAAGGCAGUUCUAUCAGCAAGCAGAAGAGAAGUUGAAGUCAAAGAGGCCAGCCUCAGAUUCACUGGUACCAGACAACAUGACCAAGCAUCUUAAAAGCUCAUGUGAGAGUGAUGUGAAAUACAUGGACUAAAAACUGUCCAUAGAGCCACUCAUUGGGUUCAUUCAAUGGUAAAGACCUUUCUUUGGCGCCAGAUUUUCAAGCAACAUGGUUUCCCCACAAAUCAUUCUAUGAAUGGAUUGAUAGAAAUAACUGCCCUAGGCUUUAGUAAGGCUUUACGGUAUGUUACUUUAUGGAGAUUGUCGAAUGAGAUUAUUUUCAGUAAGAUAAUUUGAUUGCGGUUUUUUAAUGCAAUACUCGGACUAAAAUUCUCUUUACAAGGACAGGUCUUUUUCGAAGAAAAAUAAUAUUCUAUUCUACCGGCAACUGCUAUUCCUGUGCAAACAAUCUUUACCUGUUAUCAGAACUAUCUUGGUCUUCUGUCACCUUACCCCUUAGUUGGCGGGUUAAACAUUUUUUUGUAAAUAUAAUUUAUUUAGUACUUAAUAGACAUAUAUUUCUACAGUUUGUUA